GAAUUUCAAAAAAGAGAUAUUUUGCGCCUUUUUUUUGCACUCUCCUGCAGUCCCAAGCCCUAAUCCUAACCCUAAUCCUAACCCCACCCGAUGUCCUCACUGAUCGAAUUCUCAGGCGACGACAAAGACUUUGAUGACGCCGCAUUGUGGGCCGUGAUCGACUCCGCCGAGGCCUCUCGCUCUACAUCUGUCAAAUCUCGGAAGCCCCUCGCCAUUAAAUACCCCAACUUCAGCUCUCCGCCGACGCCGAUCUCCCACCCUUCUCCGCCGCCUAAGCUCCCCCAAAACCAUAAACGCCAGUACUCGCCCAGUUCCAAUCCUCGAAACAACACCUCGUGGCAACGUUCGCAGAAGAUUGCUAGGUCCUCUGGCUCCGAGGUGGUGACCGAGAGCAGCAGUCCCCUAGUCAUAGUGAGGAACCUGCAAAGGACACCGGAGUCGCACUUGUCGCCUGAGAUCAGAAAGUAUGGCGUUAAGGAGUUCAGCAGUUCUCCUGAAGUUUCGCCUAGCAGUUGCGUGCAGAGCGAGGAGAAGAACGUCAUGAUGCACAGCUUGUCUGGGAAGUUCCCUUCGGUGUCUCUGUUUAAGGAGUAUCAGAAUGCGGCCAUGGCGAUUUUAGAGAAAUCUGAUUACACAAUGAUUUCAGGAUGCCCCUUCAUUAAAAAAUCAGGCUGGAGGAAAAUAUCAUUUUAUUUCAAUGUCUCUUAUGAGAUUAAAGACAAGAAUAUAGAAUUCGAUGAAAAUCGCAAUGUUCAGCGUGCAGAAUUUGUUGUUCGGGCAUACAUGCAGGGUGGUAGGUUCUCUGAUGGAUGGGGUUCAUGUGAGCGGCGUGAGAAGAGGUUUUCAAAACCAAACCACGAGAUUCCAAGCAUAGCAGAAACAAGAGCGAAAAAUAAAGCGUGCCAGGAUCUACUUGGAAUUGGAGAGUAUCGGCCGGGUGCAAGCCAAUACAGCCGCUAAAUGAUAUUGUUCCAUUGCCUAGAUUGCCUGGUUCAAUGUAUAACUUCUGAGUUCUGAGAAUCGAGUGACAAGCGAACUAAUAGAAUGCUGAUGUGAUAGAAAACAUAGUGACGUGCCAAUUUGAAUGUAUGAGUAAAGAAGUUUCAUUCUUGCUUAGAUGCUAUUGUUGCCUCUAUCCCCCCAUUUGUGACUU